AUGUCAAACCUCACUCGCAAACCUGCUGAAUCAUUCAGCUCCAAAUUCGAACCCCCUGCUCGUAAACAUCACGCCAAACUUGGAAGUUCCACGAUCCAUUCUGAGAACUGGAGGAACGGCAGAGCUAAUGCUCAAAUGGAAUCACUUGCAGACGCGAGACGCACACCGCCUGCCAUGCAGAUGCAAACGGAGUCCGCAGGUGCUAAAUCAAAGAAGAAGACGUGCUUCUACUUUGCCAAGUUUGGCUCUUGCCGUCGGCCAGACAAUGAAUGCCAAUUCUCUCACUUCUGGACAGAUUCCAUCGCAAAUCCUCCCAUUCAGUCGCUUGAAAAGAAGGCUGGGGGACAUCGCCAGGUAUCUGGGCAGGGAGAAAGUUCUGCCAACGCUUCAAAUUUCAGCUCUGCCCAAACGCUCAGAAAGUUUCCCAGCAAUCUUACGAACGAAGAAAGCCAGGCUCCUGCCCCAAAUAUGGGAGCAACUCGCGGUAAAUCUUUCUCGCCUCCCACCGGUCCCAGAUUGCCGAAGCAUUUUAGCAAGCCAUUGACCUGUUACUAUUGGAUUGAGUACGGUCAUUGCAAUAAGUCCGAUGACGAUUGUGGCUAUGCUCACUGGGACACUGGAGAGUACUCUAGCGCUCCAAUCAGGAUGGAACGUGGUCCCUUUAGCAAAAACAGGCUGACAACGGACCCAGAGCCUGCCAUUGCUGGUCGUAAUGCCGAGCUUGCCCUAGAAAUCCGCGAGGCAAAGAAACCUGCCAAGCAAGUUGUUGAGAAGGGCAAGGCCCGCGAGACUCAACGACCUUCUACUGCAAACCGGAUGACGUCUUUUGAAAAGACUCGUACUGAGAAUCGACAAGCUGGCUAUGCCGAGGAGCCUCGUCUUGAUCCUAAAGUUGACAAUCAAGCCCCAGUGAUGAUGGGCAGCUGGAAUGCCCCAGCACGCAGUGCCACCGCUUCUCCAGCGGCAUCAAUCACUCCUUCAGAGAUGGUUAAAGAUCAGCAUUUUUUCAGAGAUUAUUUCAACUCUGUUGAUGCUUUCACUGCCGAAGAUUCAAACAGUAGUCACGCAGGUAGACUGAUGAGCGAAAAUUCGGCUCCAAUUGCAACGAAUCAUCGAAACGCCGCGUUUAUUUCCGCUCAAAUGACCACUGAAGAGAGUCAGCCGCAAUUCACUAGUCCGACUGAAGUCUGGACGCCUGAGGAGGUGGUCGGCAUUGUCAAAGACAUGGACAAAUUUGCUUACGUUGUGGAAACGCAGCACAAAUUAGUCGAAUACUCUAUCCUUAAACUCCAUCAACUCCGCAAAAAUAUUACCGAUCAAAUUGUUUUCUCAAUGAGAGCGGCCUCCGUUCUCUCUGACCAAAGCUCCCCAAGGCUUAGGGCAGAAGGCAAAGCGUUGGACCGCCAUAUGUGCACCACUCUCGCGGAACUCAACGAGUGCGACAAUAUAAUCGGAUUGAUCAAAGCGGUUAAGUCAGACAGCGAUAAAGCGCUUUCGGAGUUGGGAUUCGAUAACUGUUUGAAGGAGGCGUCGGUACAAAAAACGAAUCCUUGA